CGUAAACAUCAAAAGAGCACGAGUUGCUGUAAGUGAGGUUAUCUCCCCUGUCAUCAAACAAUUAUUACAAAUAACGCUAGAUAAAAGAAUUACUUAAACCAACCGAACAUAAAACGACUCAUAAAUAAGACCACCGCUUGUUUGAAAUCAUUUCGAAAUUUCGUCAGUGUGGCAAACGAAAGAAUGGACAAGGAAAAUUUACGGAAAAACAUGCUGUUAGGCAUGGGUAAUCCUUUGCUGGACAUUUCGGCGGUAGUCGACAAAGCAUUCCUCGCGAAAUACGACAUGAAAGAAAACGAUGCGAUUCUUGCGAACGAAAAACACAAGGAUCUUUACUCAGAACUCGUGGAAAAGUACAAAGCUGAAUACAUAGCGGGCGGUAGCGUGCAAAAUGCCCUUCGAGUCGCCCAGUGGUUGCUGGAACUACCCGAAGUGACCACAUUCUUUGGCUGUGUUGGUGAUGAUGAAUUUUCAAAAAUAUUGGGUGACAAGGCCAGGGAGGAUGGAGUGAAUGUCCAAUAUCAGAUUAACCCUAAAGAAGUAACUGGAACUUGUGCUGUUUUGAUAACUGGCACUCACAGAUCGUUGUGUGCCAACUUGGCUGCUGCCAAUCAUUUCACAAUUGAUCACAUUGAAAAGGAAGCAAACAGAAAACUUAUUGAGAAUGCACAAUUUUAUUAUGUUUCAGGCUUUUUCCUGACAGUCAGUCCACCUUCAAUAAUGGAAGUUGCCAAAGUUGCUUUGGCCCACAAGCGGCCAUUUAUGAUUAAUUUAAGUGCACCAUUUAUAGUACAAUUUUACAAGGAACCUCUUAUGGCAGUUUUGCCAUAUGUUGAUGUAGUUUUUGGAAAUGAAACUGAAGCGGAAUGUUUCGCGAACGAACAAAACUUCGGCACAACAGAUCUGAAAGAGAUAGCAUUGAAAAUCUGCGACCUGCCCAAACAAAACGAGGCCCAGUCCCGCGUUUGCAUCAUCACCUGCGGGCACAGACCCGUGAUUCUAGCGCACGAGGGCAAAAUCCGAACCUUCGACGUUAUACUGCUAACGAAAGAUAAAAUCAUCGAUACGAACGGUGCGGGUGACGCGUUCGUCGGCGGAUUUUUGUCGCAGUACAUCCAGGGACACGAAUUGGACGUUUGCGUGAGAUGCGGGAUUUAUGCAGCCACCGAAGUCGUACAGAGGAGCGGUUGCACGUUCUCGGACAAGGCCAAAUUUCAACCGUGAUUUUGUAAAUGAUAAGCCAAGCAAUAAACCACAAGAGAUUAAUUUAUAGUUACCAUUGUUAAACGGGGAAUCUCAUUUGUAACGGGAUUUGAUAUUUUCAUUGCUUGGACCAGAUAUCAAAAUAGGCAAUUUAGAGAAUAAUUUUUUUGUUGAAUUGAGUGCAGUUUGUUAAGGGAUAUUUUUAUAAUUUUAUACGUCAGUAAUGGAUUAAUAAAUAAUUCGCCGAAAGUUGCGCAAUAAUCAUAUCAUGUUUUUACACAUUUUAUAUAUAAAUGCAGAUCUUCAGUUAUGUAACUGUUUAACUUGUACUUAUUUUAUUAUAUAUUAUUGCACAUACACGAUGACGUAGCUGUGAUAAAGAAGGCAAGUAUUUUGUUAUUUACUUCCUUAUCACUGCAUUUGUGACGUUUAAAACGGUAGAUUUAUUCUCGUUAUAAUUAGUUUAUGUUAUUGUUGCACGUUGUUAAAAAAUAAUUGUCAACUCGAAUAAAUAAAAUGUUUCAAGUA